CACACGAACAGGAAUCCUCCUCUCUGCUGCAACCAACUUUGAUUUUUAAAUGUUUUUUUUGACAGAGCAUCCUGACGCUUUACAUUCCUCUACAUCUUUAUCUUAUAAGGUAUUAAGUCUAUCUGCAAUGUGUAUGCGAUGUUAAUUUUAUCUGACAGCUUAUUUGAUGGACUCAGUAAAGGGUUUAUACUUUUUUAAGCCAAAGUGUGGUGGUCAAAGCACCUAGUGGCGUAGGAAAUAUAUUAUCUUCAAGAAACCAACACAUUUUCAUUCCGAGAAAAAAAAAAAAGACUGAAAGGAUGCUGAACGAUUCGCGGAGUCUGAGCUUUUGGAUGUUGAUGCUGAUGAUCGCGGUAGUGCGGAUGGGAGAAACUCAAGGGACCGAGAGCGAAGCUCAGGUGAACUCCAUCAAAUCACUGGAGCCACAGACCGCCGCCAACCGCUCCAGCGACGGCCCCAAGAAAGACAACAUCCCCGCUCAGGGUCAUCCAUGCAGCAGUGAUAAAGAGUGCACAGUAGGAACGUACUGCCACAGUCCUCAGCACGCCCCGUCCCGCUGCCUGACCUGCCGCAGGAGAAAGAAGCGCUGCCACAGAGACAGCAUGUGCUGCCCUGGGAACCGCUGCAGCAACUACAUCUGCAUCCCCAUCUCAGAGCGUGCCCUGACCAAGUCACCUGUGGAUGAGCACAGCAAGCUUUCCAUCAAAGAAAAAGGCUGGAGGAGGAACGGCAAAACUCAGACCAAGAUCCCUCUCAAAGGUCACGAGGGUGACCCUUGCCUGCGAUCUUCCGACUGCUCGGAGGGCUACUGCUGCGCUCGCCACUUCUGGACCAAAAUCUGCAAGCCUGUGCUGCGGCAGGGCGAAGUCUGCACCAAACAGCGCAAGAAAGGCUCCCACAGCCUGGAGAUCUUCCAGCGCUGCGACUGCGCCAAAGGACUUGCCUGCAAGGUAUGGAAAGACGCCACCACCUUCUCCAGGUCCAGGCUGCACGUGUGCCAGAGGAUCUGAGACGGGACGCCCCUGCAAAACAAGCUGCACCUUGGGGCCCCUGCGUCCCGCUGGGAGAGGAGUGGACGAGGUCUCCUUUCUCCAGGACUUACUCAGCUGUGAUAAAGAGAGAAAGGGUGAGAUACAGAUGA